CAUUUAAAAUAAACAAAAAAGGCAAAAGAAAUUCUUCUAGCUUAUUCUCCCAAGUCCCAAGAGUGAGGAGAAUAAUGGCUUCAGCAGCUGCUAAUCAAUUAAUUAAUCCACAAACAUUACAUUCCAACAAACGCUUCGUUUCAUCUCAUAAACCCAUUUCUAAUUCUCUGUCAUUCACAUUAUCUAAUCUUAAUUUUAAUGGUAAUCACAAUUACUCUCCUAAAUUAUGUUCCUUAUUUUCCGGCCACAGAAAUUUGACCGUUGCAGUGAAUUCAUCAACUGGGAAAGACGGCGUCGUUUCAAGUGAUACUGAGGAGGGUGUAUCUCUUGGAACCAUGAAAUUGCCUGCAAACACUGAUAUUCCUAGGUUUGAGACUUUACUGUUUCAGUGGGCAAACAGUCUGAACCAAGGAGCUCAGCUGCCAUUCCCUGUUCCACUAAAGGUGGACAAGAUUGAAGGAGGUGUAAGACUAGGCUUUGUAGAAAUUGAUGAUGGGAAGACAAGAGUUGAUGUAUACAUUGAUUGUCAAGUAAUAUCAAGAAGCAACGAUUCUGAAUUUCCGAUGUUCAAAGCUACACGAAAUGGUGUCCUAAAAAAUAAGGUACCUCUUGGUGAGCCAAGACUCAUGAAGAGCCUUCUUGCAGCCCUUAAGAAAUCAGUUGAAAUUGCCAGAGUUUGAUGAUUUUAUCAUCUUUUUUUUUUUUAACUCAAACUAAGAAGUGUUAAUAUUUGAUCUACAUAUUUGGAGAUGUAUAACUUGUAUGAUUACUUGAAAAAAGAAGAAGCAACAGAUUAUAUUUGCCCCAA